AUGGAGGCGCUGCCGGACGAGCUGGUCCUGGCCGUCCUCCGGCUCAUCGAGCCGCUACGCGACACGGCUGCGGUGGUGGCCACCUGCCGCCGGUUGCGAUCAAUCAUGUCCGAUCCUCACCUGUGGCCACUCUUCCACCACCAGGUCUUCCCCACCCACUUCACCCUCGUUAACGACCACCACCGGGCCGGCCAAGAGGCCGCCACCGACUUGCAGGCCUUUGUUAAGAAGGCGCGCUGGCUCAAGGAGGCGAUGCACAGCGAGGCGCAGGCGCGGCGGUCGCGUUUCGAGGGGCGCGACUGGCGCCUGCUGGCGGCGGCCAGCGUGGGCUGCGCGUCGCUGGUGCGGCGCUACGCCGACGGGGUCGCGGCUUCGCUCUUUCUCAGCCACGACCGCAACACCACCCUGGCCACGGUGGAGACCAUGGUCGACAGCCCGAGUCCGGUCAACCUCAUCAACGAAGCCCUGCGGCGCGCCUGCGCUGCCGGCUCCGCGCCCACCGCCAAGUUGCUGUUGGGUUAUGGGGCGAGCGUCAGACAAGCAGUUUGUGAUGAAGAGGACGGCGCGUACGAUCCGGAGAAGAACGAACCGCUGUGUAGCGCGGUCCGAACGGGCAACCGCCAGCUGGCCGAGCUGCUGAUGGACCACGGAGCACAGCCGAACGGACCUUGCCGCCUCUCCACCCCGCUGGAGGCACACAAUCCCGCUUGCUCACUCGUUGCAGUCACCGUGACCGCGCACCGCGACUAA